UCAUCCGCUUUCUUCUUCAAUGCCGUAAUUUUAUCUUCAAAAAAUGACAUCCACGGCCUCCUUCUUUCCAACUCUUCAAGCUCCGAUUUAUGGCGGCAAUGCAUGGAGGAAGCCCACCAAACGAUGCAACUGCGAAAGAAGAACCCACUUAUCAUUCACCUCAACCUUCAACUCCCUCUCCAAUUCCCCUCUUUCUUCUGUUUCUUUCCCCACAAACUCCGACUCCACUGCCGAACCAGUGCGGCUUCAACCUCUAGCAGAUUCGGUUCAGGAAAAUUUCACGGAAACCCUCGAUAAUUCCAUGAAUUUGCAGGUUCCCACGAGGGAAUCUUGCCAAAGAAUCUUCAUCCAGGACCCGCCAUGGAUAGCCUCCUUGUUCCUGAAGGGGCUGUACAAAAGCGUCCAAAAGGAAGUGAAAUUGGAAUUCAAGGAAAUUGAGAAGAGGAAGUAUAAUUUGCUGAGGAGGAGGCAGAUUAAGGCGGAGACGGAGGCGUGGGAGAGGAUGGUGGAGGAGUACAAGGAGUUAGAGAGAGAAAUGUGCGAGAAGAAGUUGGCUCCGAAUUUGCCAUACGUGAAGACAUUGUUCUUGGGGUGGUUUGAGCCGUUGAAGCAGGCUAUAGAGAAGGAGCAAAAUACGCAGCGGAGUAAGAAGCAGAAGGCGGCAUUUGCGCCUCAUAUAGAGCUAUUGUCUGCGGAUAAAAUGGCAGUUAUUGUCAUGUACAAGAUGAUGGGAUUGCUGAUGGUGGCGCAGCAGGAUGGCUGUGUUCAAGUCGUUCAGGCUGCGGUUCAGAUUGGUGGUGCUAUAGAGCAGGAGGUUAGAAUUCAGAGCUUUCUGGAGAAGGCUAGGAGUAAUCAGAGAACAAAGAUUCCAGCUGAUGCUCAGUGUUUGAGCAAGGAGAAAGAGAUAUUGAGGAAACGAGUUAAUGGUCUAAUUAGGAGGAGGAGACUGAAAGAGGUGCAAAAGUUGUUGAAAAAAGAAGAAUUUAAGGCUUGGGGUCGAGACACCCAGGCUAAGCUAGGAAGUCGUCUCAUUGAGUUGUUAAUUGAAUCAGCUUUCAUCCAACCUCCAGUUAGCCAGUCAGCUGACUGUCCACCUGAUAUUCGACCUGCAUUUUGGCAUAGGUUUAAACCUGUUACAAAAACUCCAGGGCAGAAAAUUGUAAAGACUUAUGGAGUUAUUGAAUGCGAUCCCAUAGUGCUUGCUGGGCUUGACAGAACUGCUAAGCAUGUGUUAAUUCCUUACAUCCCUAUGUUGGUUCCUCCUAAAAAAUGGAAAGGGUAUGAUAAAGGUGGACACUUAUUCUUACCUUCGUAUGUCAUGCGUACUCAUGGAUCAAGUAGACAACAAGAUGCCAUGAAGAACAUUUCUGGGAAACAGAUGCAGAAAGUAUUUGAGGCUCUGGAUAUGCUAGGUAGCACCAAAUGGAGGGUGAAUAGAAGGGUACUUAGUGUGGUGGAGAGUAUUUGGGCUCAAGGUGGCAAUACAGCAGGCCUUGUUGACCGCAAAGAUGUUCCUAUUCCAGAGCAGCCUCUUGGGGAUUUGACAGAAAUGCAAGAAUGGAAAUGGAGUGUGAGGAAGGCAAAGAAAAUCAACCAAGAGUUGCAUUCCCAACGAUGUGAUGUUGAACUUAAGCUUUCUGUUGCUCGCAAAAUGAGGGACGAGGAAGGCUUUUAUUACCCUCAUAAUCUUGAUUUUCGUGGCCGGGCAUACCCAAUGCAUCCACAUCUGAAUCAUUUGAGUUCUGAUCUCUGUCGAGGAGUUCUAGAGUUUGCUGAAGGACGACCAUUAGGAAAGUCUGGUUUACAUUGGUUGAAGAUACAUUUAGCAAAUUUGUAUGCUGGCGGUGUUGAAAAACUUUCCUAUGACAGACGUCUAGCAUUUGUGGAUGAUCAUCUGGAUAGCAUAUUUGAUUCUGCAAGUAACCCAGUUAAUGGUAAUCGUUGGUGGUUAACUGCUGAAGAUCCUUUCCAAUGUUUGGCUGCUUGUAUCAAUCUAUCAGAAGCCCUAAAGAGCUCAUCACCACACACUGUCAUUUCCCAUCUACCAAUCCACCAGGAUGGUUCAUGCAAUGGCUUACAGCACUAUGCAGCUUUGGGAAGAGACACUUUUGAAGCAGCUGCUGUGAACUUAGUUGCUGGAGAAAAACCUGCUGAUGUUUACACAGAAAUUGCUGCCAGGGUUCACAAUAUCAUGAUCAGGGAUGGUAACAAGGAUCCAGCAACAAAUCCAAAUGCUUUACUGGCUAAGAUCCUAAUUGAUCAGGUUGAUCGCAAACUGGUGAAACAAACAGUGAUGACUUCAGUAUAUGGUGUCACAUAUGUUGGAGCUCGUGAACAAAUUAAAAAAAGACUAGAGGAGAAGGGCCUCAUUUCUGAUGAUAGACUACUAUUUAGAGCAGCCUGCUAUGCUGCUAAAGUGACAUUGGCUGCACUUGGAGAGAUAUUUGAAGCUGCACGUGGGAUAAUGAGUUGGCUUGGUGAUUGUGCUAAGGUAAUUGCUGCAGAUAAUCAGCCUGUGCGUUGGACCACUCCGCUUGGUCUUCCUGUGGUACAACCUUACUAUAAAAGCGAACGGCAUCUUAUUAGAACAUCUCUUCAAGUUUUGGCUUUACGAAGAGAGGGUAAUUCGGUGGAUGUUAGAAAGCAUAGAACUGCGUUUCCUCCCAAUUUCGUGCACUCACUGGAUGGCUCACACAUGAUGCUCACUGCUCUUGCCUGUAGGGAUGCUGGCUUACGUUUUGCAGGGGUGCAUGACUCCUUCUGGACACAUGCCUGUGAUGUGGACCAAAUGAAUGUGAUACUAAGAGAAACAUUUGUGGAGCUCUAUAAUAUGCCAGUUCUUGAAAGUUUGCUCGAAGGCUUCGAAACGACAUAUCCAGGAUUGACGUUCCCUUCCCUCCCUGAUAGAGGCGAUUUUGACUUGCGAGAGGUUCUCAACUCGCCAUACUUCUUCAACUGAUUCUUCUCGGCUCCACAGCAGCCAUGACAAUUCUGCAGAAACAAAGUUUGGCAAAAACUUGUACAGGAAACAAUUUUGAAAUGUAGAUGUAAAGUUGAUACAAGGAACAGAGCGAGCCUGGAGACGUGUCGAUUGUGGCAGGAAUCGUGAAAGCAAGCGGGUGAUUUCAGUAGGAAUCGCGAAAGCGUUUCAGUUCGUUGCUUGCCUCUUCCCACUCUGCCAUCCUAUCAGCGCACUCUAAAUAUCAUUUUGUCAAGGAAAUGAAGGUUUGCUCGGGUCGCCCUUCUAGCUAAUUUCAAUGAAUAUUCAUGCUAUCUACGAGCUGAUAACGGUUGAGACAGAGACCGAGACCGAGACUCAAGCUGGCGCCUUGUAAUUUGCAACAUUUUUCAUUUGGCUGCAGACUGAGGGUUCAUUUUCAUGCUGAGCCUGUGCAAAUGAGUAUUCUCUCCCCCACAUCUCAUGUAUAAACUUUUCUUUGUAUCAAAUAGAAAGGAAAAGUAAUUUAUUAGAAGCCUUCAUUUUGUGUUUGUGUAUAAGGUUCCUUAGUGAACUCUAUAUUUUAUUCUUUGCAAUAAUUAAAGCAAGAGAUCUUUUUAACCCCUACAAGAUUAUAUA